AUGUCAGAUGAUACAUAUGACCUCGGAGGAGGCAUGUUUGAAGAGCCUGAAGGAUAUGUUCAACCUCCACCAGAGUCUCAUUUCGUUGAGUACGAAAGAAUUCUGGGAAAGGCCAAUCCAGCAAAAAUUCAGUUGAAACUAGUUGGAAAAUCACCAUUGUGGGGUCACUUAUUGUGGAACGCAGGUAAAUAUACGGCUAACUACCUUGAUGAGCACUCUGAAGAGCUUGUUAAAGGCAAGAAGGUUCUUGAAUUAGGAGCAGCAGCUGGUUUACCAUCACUUAUAUGUGCAGUUAACGGCGCUUCGAAGGUCAUUGUUACCGAUUAUCCAGAUGCGGACCUCAUAUCACAUAUUCAAUACAACGUCGAUCACCUUGAGGGCGUUCCAGCAUCGACGGAUAUAAAGGUGAAAGGUUUCAUUUGGGGUCAAAACACCUCCAGUUUGUGUUACGAUAAAAUCUACGAUUCUGACGACUUGCCAAAAGUUAUCGAUGAGAAAGAAAAAUUUGACUUGGUAAUAUUAUCAGAUCUUGUGUUCAAUCACACUGAACAUCGCAAGCUAUUAUCCAAUUGUCGUGAUUGUAUGAAGAAGGACGGUGUUGCUCUUGUUGUGUUCAGUCCUCAUAGGCCAUGGUUGCUAGAGGCUGACUUACAAUUCUUUGUGACUUGCGAGGAGUUCGACUUCAAGGCGGAAAAGGUGGAACAGGUCAACUGGAAACCUAUGUUCGAUGAAGACGAAGAGACAGUUGAAGUUAGAUCUAGAGUUUACUGCUAUAAACUUGUUCCACAAUGGAAUUAG